CAUCAUGGCAUUAGUAACACUCGCUUUGUUUGUCAUCGCAGCCUCAUUCCCACUCGGUUCAGACGCGAUAGGCUACAUCUACGGUCUGCAACGAAAUCUGACCGACACUUCUCUCUAUCUCGAAGAGAUCGACCCGCAAACCGCCAAAGUCGUGAGGAGAGGCCAGUUUGAUCAGUACGACGUAGCGGGUCAAGGACUCGCUUGUCUCAACGACAAAGAGGGCGUGUACUUCACGGUGGCCUACAAUGUAUCAACCCGAGAUGUUGUUCUGCUCGGUAUCUCGUUAAGAACGCUACAAUUACUCGACGAAGUCAAGUUGCCAUUUUUGGAGAGUUUGUUCGUCGGUGUCGGUCAGUACUGCAACUAUGAUCCCGUCGACGACGCCAUCAUUGUGGAAGGUCGAGACAAGGUCAAGCCGUAUGACCAUCAUCUUUGGAAAUAUAGUCGCAAGACGGGAACUAUCGAGAGCCUAGCUAAAGUAUUCAACAUUGGGAUGGUUGAUCUGUUGGGUGGAUUUAGCGUACUUGACUUUGAUCAUGGUAUCGACUGGCUUCAGCUUGCCUAUAACGACAGCGGCACAGUCGGAACUCGCUUCUUCGGCUACGAUACAGAUUCAGGCUUCUUGCUCGACGACAUCGACAACCCGGAACUGCUCGCUGCCGGUCGAUAUGAUCCACGCACUCAGACCAUCUACGGAAUCGGCUCUCGAAUGAUCGAGAAGGCGCCCGGAUUCGAGCACACCGUCGUCGAGUUCUCUUCCGUCACCACGUCCUUCAAACUAAAGUCCGUUCUGCCGUUCAUUAACUUCAUGGGCGCUAUCAGCGCACUUGACAUCAGACAGCGUUUGCUGUACGUCUACAUGAGUAAUAUCACUCAUCACGGCGAUCACGAGGGGGGCACACAGACGAACAACGUCGAGUUGUAUUGCCGAAUGUUGAGAUUGACGGGGCGACGAGUCCCGUCGCGGUGCGAUCGAUUUGUCGGCGCCGCAGCUCCGCCGCCGAAGCUUCCGCCUAUGGAUCUCGUUUCGAUUGACGUCGACACGGGUAAGGUCGUCGCUCACCCGCAACUGUGUACGGAAUUUACGCAGUGUCCUCUCAGCAUCGAAUUUUGGAACAGAGACUAGCGACGAAUAUCGGUAGUGGUAAGGACAGCAACAUUGGUAGUAGUGGUUUCUGCACUGGUUUGUCAGAUGGUAUCGUCUACAUUGGUUUGUGAACAUGCAGGUUUUCUCUAUUCUGAUCAGAUGUUAGAAUUAUUGAUGGCUCAUGCAGUUUAGACACUCUCUCAGUGGCGUCGACUGAGGGUCUUCAUGUAUGAUGUGUACAUGCAUGGUCGAUGUGUACAUGCAUGGUCUUCUAGACAACAUUACGAUAUUUUCGAGGGCCUCCAAAUUGGG